AUGUCGGCCAUUGGUUCGCUUGUCUUCUGUACCGACUGUGGUAACCUUCUCGACGGCAGCUCCGGCGAUUCGAAAGCCAUGUUGGUUUGCGAUGUUUGCGGCGCGUCCUGCAAAGAUACCGCCGCGAAGACCAUCGUGACCAGCUCGAAGCCGUCGUCGUUUCCUUCUUCGCUCCGUGACAAGCGCUCCGAGAUUCAGACUCUCACCGAGGAUGAUAUGCAAACAGAUGCCACGAUCAAGCAGGCGUGUGAGAAGUGCGGCAGGGAGGAAGUGAGAUAUUACACUCAGCAGCUGCGCAGUGCAGACGAAGGAAGCACGGUCUUUUACACCUGCGAGUGUGGUCACAAAUGGAACACGAACAACUAA